GCAUCUGCGCAUGCGUAAUCCCGGUUGCUGCUGCUCCUGCUGCUGCCUCCUCCUGUGAUGGCGUCUGAGCGAGAUGCUCGGCUCGGCCGCCUCCUGUGAGCUCGACGCGGCUCCGUCAAACUCGGGCGGGCGGUGCCCCGCUAAAAUGCUCCGUGCUCCCGCCGGAAAGAAGAAGCUCCCCACCGAGGCUCGUGCGCGCACCCUGAACGGCGGCCUUCACGCGUAAAUUGGACCUUUUCGGCCAUUUUGAACCUGUUCAUCAAGUAGCUGGCGAGCUCCGUGCUAGCCGGCUAAACUAAGCCAAACUAAAGAUGGGUUAUCUGAAACGGCGAGCAAAGAACCGCUAAAGCUCUUUAGCCUUUAUGUGACUGAUUUAUAUUCGCGAGUUUAACCGAAAAAGACGUGCGGUGCGGUGACGUCACUUUGUUUGACAAGCUCGCUAGCUAGGCUAGGCUAGGCUAGGCUAGGCUAGCUGUUAGCUCGAGUUGUUGGCGCCGUGCCUUCUGAUGCGGACACAUCGUUGUAUUCAAUCUUGGUUUGCAAUCAUAAUUAAUACAUAUCAAGUAAUUUAGAGUAAACCUAGUGUAUGAACGAAACAUGUAUUCGUGUUUAGAUUCUUCAGUAAAUGUCAGCGAAGCGUUGGAGAUUGUCGGACGGACGGACGGACGGAGAGGUUACUCGAGUUCACGUGGGCAUCGACGCCAAUCCACCAAAGUGUCGCCGCUCACGCUAACCUCAGUACGAGUACACGGAUUAGGUGAUUAAAAUACAGUAGACGACCGUGAUGGAGUUAUGUAAGUAGCACUGGCGCUGACUAUUAUGUAACGCGACAUCAUUUUGUUGUUGGGAUGACGACAGUGCAUGCGAGACUCUCAAAAUGAAAAGGGGAUGCUUGGCGAUGUUUCCUACAAUGUUCGAAUGUUGUGCAGACGCACGAGCGUCAUACAACCCUAAUAUAUACUUUCUACAUUUAAUUAGUUCAGCGUUUUAUCAUCUUUAUUUUGAGCCUCAUCGACAAAUGAUUUCUCCCAUCUGUCUGUUAUUAAAAAUCAAAUGUUUGCCCACCCUUGCGUAAAAGUAUGAUUUUUGGCAUGUAAACAGACGCGUAACAUAGGAACAAGGAACUUGUUCUCGUGUCAUGGUGUGCAGUCGACACGGUUUUCAUUUUGUUUUUUAUUAUAACGAUCAUAGUUUUUGUGUCCAACGUGACGAACUGUGAAGUAUGCCAAUGAGUUAGAUUAUUAUCACAGGUACUUCAGUGUGGUCCGCCACCUGCUCCUUGUGUAAAAUGUCCUGUUGUGAUUUGGCGCAAAUCAAAGUGACUUGACAUGUCAGCAACCUCGUCUUGUGCCGCAGCAUCCCAUCCUAGCGCUUUGCCGUGCCCGCCGAUCGGUGGGAGGGCCAUGGCGGUGAAGGAGCGCGUGGAGGCGGUGCUGAACGUGGGCCUGCGCGUGCCCAGCAUCAUGCUGCUGGACGUCCUGUACCGCUGGGACGUGGGCUCCUUCUUCCAGAAGGUUCAGCGAUCCAGCCUGUCCAACAACCCGCUCUUCCAGUACAAGUACCUGGCGCUCUACCUGCACUACGUGGGUUACAUCCUGAGCCUGGUCCUGCUCACGCUGCCCCGUCAGCACCUGGUCAAGCUUUACCUCUACGUUCUCACCGCCCUGCUGCUCUUUGCCGGCCACCAGGUGUCCAGGGAUUACGUGCGCAGCGAGCUGGAGUCGGGCCACGAGGGCGCCGUGUACCUGGAGCCGCUCUCCAUGAACAGAUUCGCCACGGCGCUCGUAGGUCAGCUGGUGGUGUGCACACUGUGCUCGUGCGUGAUGCAGACCAAGCGCAUCUGGCUGUUCUCGGCCCACCUGCUCCCCUUGGUGGCCCGUCUGUGCCUGGUGCCUCUGGAGACCAUCGUGUUCAUCAACAAGUUCUCCAUGAUCUUCACGGGCCUGGAGGUCAUCUACUUCCUGGCGUCCAACCUGCUGGUGCCCUACAACCUGGCCAAGACGGCGUACCGCGAGCUGGUCCAGGUGGUGGAGGUCUACGGUCUGCUAGCGCUCGGGAUGUCCUUGUGGAACCAGCUGGUCCUGCCGGUCCUCUUCAUGUGCUUCUGGCUGCUGCUCUUCGCCCUGCAGAUCUACUCGUACUUCAGCACCCGAGACCGGCCCGUCUCCAGAGAGAGGCUCCUCUUCCUCUUCCUCACCAGCGUGGCCGAGUGCUGCAGUACGCCGUACUCGCUCUUGGGCCUGGUCUUCACCGUGUCCUUCAUCGCGCUGGGCGUCCUCACGCUCUGCAAGUUCUACCUGCAGGGCUACCGAGCCUUCAUCAACGACAACACCAUGCACAGGGGCGUGACGGAGGGCAUCACCCUGCUGAUCCUGGCCGUCCAGACGGGACUGAUUGAGCUGCAGGUGAUCCACCGAGCCUUCCUCCUGUCCAUCAUCCUCUUCAUCGUGGUGGCCUCCAUCCUGCAGUCCAUGCUGGAGAUCGCCGACCCCAUUGUGCUGGCACUGGGGGCGUCCAGGGACAAGAGUUUGUGGAAGCACUUCCGGGCCGUGUCGCUGUGCCUCUUCCUGCUGGUCUUCCCGGCCUACAUGGCCUACAUGAUCUGCCAGUUCUUCCAGAUGGACUUCUGGCUCCUCAUCAUCAUCUCGUCCUCCGUCCUCACGUCGCUGCAGGUGCUGGGCACGCUGCUGAUCUACGUGCUGUUCAUGGUGGAGGAGUUCCGCAAGGCUCCCGUGGAGAACAUGGACGAAGUCAUCUACUGCGUCAACGGAAUGUACAGGCUGCUGGAGUUCCUGGUGGCGGUGUGCGUGGUGUGCUACGGCGUGUCGGAGACGGUGUUCGGCGAGUGGAGCGUGAUGGGCGGCACCAUCAUCCUGGUGCACUCGUACUACAACGUGUGGCUGCGGGCGCAGUUGGGCUGGCAGAGCUUCCUGCUGCGCCGUGACGCCGUCAACAAGAUCAAGAGCCUCCCCGCCGCCAGCGCCGCGCAGCUGCGACGCUACAACGACAUCUGCGCCAUCUGCUACCAGGACCUGACCAGCGCCGUCAUCACGCCGUGCAGCCAUUUCUUCCACGCGGGCUGUCUGAAGAAGUGGCUGUACGUGCAGGAGACGUGUCCGCUCUGUCACGCUCAACUCAAGAGCCAAUCGGCCGACUCGCCCCCGGCCGAUCGCGUGCCCGCGGGACAGGAAGAGGAGAAGGCUGCGGACGACCAAGGAGCUUCAUCUUCUGCGUGCGGCCGGUCGUCGGGGUCCUCCUCUGACCAGACGGACGCGGCCCCCUCGUCUCCCGCCGCGGCUUCCCGUCCGGAAGGAAGCGGCGGCGCGUCGGGCGGAGGCUCGGCCGAACCAGGCGACCCUUUAGGCGGUCUGGAGUCUCUGAGCCCCGCUCGCAUGUGACAUCGUCGUUACCUCUGAUGACAUCACAGGUGAUGCCGUUGACAUUUGAACGCACGUGUUCCGUGCAGUCCGCUGUCACAGCCCACGUCGGAAUUCUUGCGUAGCGGACCGCGAUAGUCCCUAAAAUGUCCACCGGAAAUCCCGACGCGGCGAGUUCGGGGAACCGGCGGUCGCCGCGUUCGCGAUAGUUCGCUCGUCUCCCCAACUCCCCGAUCACCACGUCGGGAUUUUCACAGAAUGACGAAGAAGAAGAUGAUGAUGCAUGCGUGAGCGCCUGCACGUUUCCACGGUUACCAAAGCAUCUCGAGCAUCUUUCUCCCUCUCUGACGCGCGGCAACCUUUUGCACCGUCGUCAUUUCUACGACAUGUCACUUGACCUUUGCCCCCUGCCCGUAUGACGCGCCCUCGGCCGGCGUGAUCGCUCCGCUGUCCGGAGCGGGAUCGGCGAGACGCGGACGGCGCCCGUUACCUUCACGCAGUGUUAGCGCCGUUCCGAAUGAAUACAUGCACAAUGAAAAUGUAUGAUGAACGCCGCCAAUCAAAAUAUCUUUUAAAAAAAAAAAAAAAAAAAAAAAAAAGAUGAAACGUAAACUUUGUAUUGCACGAGUUUGUGAGGACUCCACUGGCGAUGACGGUUUCCACUUUUGAUUGAGAUGGGAAGAUGGGCCGGCUCAAAAAAGAACAGCGGCUCAAAUGUGCACGCAAGAUAUAUGCCCAAAUAUUUGAUGCUCAUUUUAAGUUUCUUCAGGGUUCAUUCCUGGGGCCGCAUGUAACGAUUUCAAGAAUUUUUCAGAUGAAUCGGCUAAAAAAAACAACAUAAAUCCGUCCCUUUAUUGAAAAACAGGACGUUAUUUGAAAUUGAAAGUGCACAAAGUGAUGAUGAUUCACUUCCUGGUUUGCUGCGAACAUCUAUCAGAAAAUCGGCAAAAAUGUUGAUUGCUUUCCAAAGUAAAAGCAGAUGUUUACAAAUGUCUUAUUUUGGAAAAACAAAGAUAACCUGCAGCAAAAUAGGUGUCGAUUAAUUUGCUAAGUGAUUAGAGUUGAACCUCUGAUUCUAAUAAUCAACUGUUUAAUAAAAUUGUAAAAUGUG